CCCGCGAAGAUGCUGUGCUGUGGGACACUCCUGGACCAAAAACCGUUUGCAUUUCAGUUAUCAGUCUACGGUCGUGAGAGUCGGUCGGGAAAGCAGCAUCGUAUCCUGGAACUGCUACUAGCCAUCGCCACGCGUUUGACCUGGCUGAAUACAGGUGUUCCUAUCUAGUUAUUGGAGUGUUUAGCGCUACCUAUAGCCAGGUUUACUGGUGUGAUAAAGUGAUUGAAUAUUACUUUCCGUUCAAUGGGUGUCGUUGCUCCCUGAAAGGAAACCGGGAGCGGAAAAUCAAUUGAUUCCGGGUUGGGCUGGGAACUGCGAAGGGUGAAGAGUGCAUCAGAUUGCUCCUGGGUGGCAGUGAAAGUGAAAUUCUUCUCGGUGUUGUUUGUUUUUGUGUGUUCCGUAGAGCAAUGUUGAAUGAAAAAUUACUUGUUGAAUGAUAAAGUUGUUUCAAGUUGAGAAUUGGGCAGGAAAAUAUUUUUCAAUUGCAUUUUGGGUGGGCGAAUUACUUGGAAUGGGAACCGUCCAAGAGUGAAAUUCGGGUUCGCACGAGCCGACAACAGUGAAGCAACAGUUUCUUUUAUGACCUGAGAGCUCCGAGACGAGAACGGGGAGCGAAACUAGUGUGGGAGGAUGUGCAAGGACUCCAUCCGGCGAAGAGCCAUGCUUCUGCAUCGUUGAUAAUAAGGGAGAAUCUCACAAUUAGGAGAAUAAAGAAUAACAGCUUUAUCACACUGGCUACCUAAUGGGAAAAGGAGGAAGAGCUUUCAGCGAGCAAAAGAUAAAAGUGAGCCACCAUCUGUUUGCUCUACCUACGUUGACAUGGCUGAUGGUGUGUUGAGGAGAUAACAUGUGAGGCGUAGAAUCCUAAUCUGAGUGCGUGGGGUUUUGCUUUCAUUUUGGAGUUGGUAUCCCAGAGGAAAAGGGAGAAGGAUCCGCAGUAGUAGGGAAAGAGUGUUAGUGGUAAGAUCAUACAGCAUUGAGAGUAGAUGUGUGGGAUGUGCGAAUGAAAAUGAAAAUGGGUUCUCAUUACCGGCUGGGUCGCAAGUAGAUGUUCGAGCUAUCAAAAGGAUUAUUAACGGUGAAAUGGGAUUGUCAUCAGGCGUUCGUAAUUGAAUUCAAAGAUUCUGAUCGAACUGUUUCGAGCUACCUACUCGAGUGGACCACAGACGACGUGACAGCUCCGUGUGCUGUGGGAACAAUAUCCGUUUUGCUUUCAUUUCCGGGGGUGUGUGCAUCGUUGGGGAGUUUUUCGCAUGACACGCGUCCGUUGGCACCGGUAUCAUACUAGGAUAGAGUACAGCAGCUCGGAGUUGACACGUGACUGUGUAGUGGGCUAUGCAUGCCCGCGGAGGUUCACAAUGGCAGAGUCGAAGAAAACCCUCCCUCGGGCCGCUGCGGCGUGCCCAUCCCGCGUCCGGCGCGACCUGGAACGUUCAGGUCGUACGCGGCAAGAUGACGUCCCGGUGCCUUUGGCAUGCCUGUCGGGCUUUGGUCCUCGGCAUCGUACUCAUGCUGGUCGGCGGCGGAAUGGCCACAGUCGGGUAUUACGCAAACAACUUUCCAUCGCUUUCCGACGUUAAAAGCAAUAACACGUCAACGGUUCGCGUAAAGAACGAACACCGUGGCCUACAUCUGAACAACUUGUCCUAUGUUGGACCUAUCAUCAUGGGUGUUGGAGGUUUUAUAGUGGUUGCAUCCUGUGUCAUGACAUUUGAAGCACGAGACUCUGCCGCUAAAGUGGUUCCAGCAAGGUUCAAAGUGAGCAGUAAUACUCGGAACGCGAGUCGGAAUACGGCGUCUCGUCGAUCCACAAGUGUUGCCAAUGGACCGGCCCAAGCAGCAUCGCAAUCUGCCCGAUGGGAGCAACAUUUGGGGGUGUUCCGGACGUCCCCGGCAGUGGAACAGGUUCCGGAUCGAAAAGCACUCACGGCAGCGCUGGUUCACUUUUCCAGAGCACUGGGAACCCCAAAGGCAUCGCAUCCGAGUUGUGAAAGUCGGCGAGUGUCCCGCAGUGGCUCCGUACCGAAUUUAUCCGUCGACAAGUUGGCCGUCCCACCAGUAUCGGGCUCCCCGGCGGGCGUUCGCUCAACUGUAAAACACCACCGUGGAUCACGUGUCAGCAGCAUGGUACACCGGUCCACGCGGGAAACGAACAGCAGCCUGCUGCAUCCCGCCAUGCUCCACUAUCAUCGGCAUGCACUGUCCGUCGACGAGCCGGAACCAUUUCCAAAGAACCUGAACCAAUCCGGAUCACACGGUUCGAUGCACUAUGGACACCCGACUGACAUGCCGCUGGUGCACAAGAUGCGUGACCGAAACAAGCGCUCGGACACGGCCCGGAAGCAUGUCCUGUCGCGCCAGACUAAGAUAGAGAAGGACGAACCGGUUGCCCCGAGCCCCAAACAUAAUCCCUUCGUCAACAGUCGGCGUUCGUCGACCAUUUCGAAUGCCUCAUCCAAGCUGAAUAAGAGCAGCAGCAGACGUGCCUCAACGAUUUCCAAAACGCCCAGUGUCGAUUCGAGGGGGGCGGCCUCGACGGUCGAAGUGAACAGCCCGGAACGGUCAUUGCUGGCGAUGACACCGCGAAAGGCAAAUACGAUGGCGCAAAUGUCCACCCCGUCGGUGGAGAAGGAAUGCCGGAGCCAACUAUCAAUUUGUUCCGAGCCUGCCAUCGCUCCUCGCAAUCUAUCCUGUCAAUCGAGCUUAGAACCGUGUGUCCCUGAGGAAGAUAGCCCCGAGCAGGAGGAACCAUCGCCGAAUGCAGAUAGGUCUCCUAUCUCCCAUGGGCAUCAACAACAGGUCAGCGUUAACGCCUCCUCAACCAACAAACCCUCCCUGCCAUCAAAGGAAGGAUUCCAAUCAGCCCAACCAGCUCGACCGGACUCAUUAGUUCUGGUGGGCAGAACCGCAACCACUGCUGACGACCCGCCGAACGAGAAGGCCAAUCGCUUUCUCUACCGUAGCAACUCGACGAAAAGUUUCCGCAAACCGAAACCGAAAAUCAAAAGCAAAAAACUCAGCAACGAAUUUGAUCAGAUAUAUGUGAUUAGUAGCAGUAGCGGGGGUGGGCUCGAGCACGGCAGCACCGGGGUAGAGAUGGCUCCGGUCGGCUCGGCCAGCACCGGAAGUGCUCGUUAUCCUAAUUUCCAUCAUGCACGUGAUGAUGACUACUACGACUCGAUUGAAGUGAUACACGAGCGACGCAGUAAGAACUUUAGUAAAUUCAACAGCGUUUGUGGAGAUGAGACGCACUCGGUGCACAGUCAGGAUGGUGGUGGGGUAGGUCUAGAGCCAUCGAGCUGUCGUCAGGAAACGGAAAAUUUUCUCCCCGUGGGAGAAUGCUUAGGGUUGAACAAAUUUAGUGUAGUGGCCGACAUUUCACCUGCCAUGGCCAAUCAUGAGGCAAGUCCGGAAAAGCAGCACUCAGAAGAACAGACUUCGAAAAUGACUGCCAUUGUGGCUAGUGGGUCUCUUGAAGGUUGUGCUUUUGGCUCUACCAGCGAGGACGACGACGAUGAAGACAACGAUGGGAAACAAACCGCAGAUCACAAUGGCUCUAUUCAACGGUAUGAUACGGUUAUCUAUAAUGCAGGCGCCACCGGCAGUGUCGAAAGUGAAGAAACUGCGGUGACACCGGUGAACGACGUUGAUGACGGUGAGCGAAAGAUUUCUGCAGAGGUCAGUGUGGGCGAGGGGGUGGGUGAAACACGUGAUGCGGAAUAUAGUGGCGCUGAUAAAGGCGACGAGAAUGGUGCACAGGACGAGUAGCUUCAGUAGGUUGUUAGGUUAUACCUGACUCCAUUGAAGAUGAAGGUAAUAAACGUGCUGUUAGGGAGUACAUCAACGUGCGCAUGAAAGAGUGAACGAGUUGAUAAGAAUGAAUGACAAAGGACGUGGAAGAUUGUUUAUUUAGUUCUAAUCGGAUUAUCGUUUCCCCGUGUCACCUCUGACCUGAUUUUAUGAACUUAUUCACUUAGUGCCAAAACAUUUCACUUGAAUCAAAAUAAAUGCUUUUGUUUCGUUAAAUUGGGGACAAGAUGCGUCAGUGCCAUUUUUUUACCGUACUAGGAUAUAUGUUUUGAAUGAUUCAAUAACUUACCCAAAUGAAUAACAUCAAUCCACAAAAAGUAGUUAAUAAUUUCAAAUAUGUUUACGUUCGUUCAUCAAAUUGUGGGUUGCUGUAGAUGCCCAUUACCAUGGAGCGGAGCAUUGAGGUGACUUAAACGUUGAACUAUUCGUCAUUGAAAUCAUCGUCAUCAUUAAAUAUUUGAAAGCAGUUUUUUCGUUCAAAACAAAAGUCUUUGCUAUGAAAAUAAAUUCACUAUACUCCACACGAGGAAUAGAAUGCAGUGAAUAUAUUUUCAUGGUCGAUGUUUUGAUUUGCAGCGAGAAAACUGCUUUUUAUUUUCCGAAAAAUGAUGACGAAUGCUUGAGCCUUAAACAUGAUGAUUUUGCUCUAUUAGCUCAACGCAGAGUAAGCUCAUUGAUCUUGCCGAUUGCCGCUAGUUGGAAGGUUUAAUCAUCAAUGUUAACAAGAUUAAAUUAAGUAAAAAGAAAAUCGUGUUAUGUACUGUUCCUUUGAAUUCCACCAAGAAUUUGCAUCCUUUAACUAACAGAUACGUAUUUCGACCUCAACUGUAAGGUCGUCUUCAGUGUCUUGUACUUGACUCGACUGGAUUAAAUUGUGGAAUAUGGAAGGAUCAUUGGAAAGCUUACAAUAUCAUAGUAGCCAAAAGGCGGCUGAUGACGACACCAAGAUCAACAUAGGUGCACGGAUCAAGAAGACAUGUGCUGCCUUUGCGAUUUAAUGAAAUCCAUGUAAACCAUCGGAUUGGUCGACGCACUAAAAUUUGGAUUUUCAACUCAAACGUGAAAUUUGUGCUGCAGUACGCCAGUAAAACCUGGUAUGUAGUAGAGAACACUUAACGGCUGCAGGUCAAUAAUCUUGAACGCAAAGUUUUCUUUAUCGUUUAUGUCACCAAAAACUGGCUGCGACAGAAACUCAAAAGUGAAUGUAGAGUGGGUCAAUCACACUCUACGAAGAGUCGGAAGCGGGAUCUACGAACAAGUGUUUAAGGGCCAAACACAAUGACAACGGCAAAACGGAACGGAACGGCAGGAAUGACAAGCACGGAAUUCCCUGGUAUUUCUCUUGGAAUCCAUUCUAAGUUUUUUUUCCAGGAGAUCUCUAUGAGACAUUCCUAGUUUCUUCUGGGAUUAGUCCAAGAGUUCCUUCUGAGAUUGCCCCAGGAGUUCCUUCCGGAAUUCCUCCAGGAAUUCUUUCCAGGAUUCAUCCAGGAGUUCCUUCUGAGAUUUCAGGAGUUUCUUCCGAGAUUCCUCCAGGAGUUCCUUUUGAGAUUUUUUCAGGAGUUUCUUCCAGGAUUCCUCCAGGAAUUUCGUCCGAGAUUUCUCCAGGAGAUUCUUCUGAGAUUCUUUCAGAAGUUUCUUCCGUGGUUUCUCCAGGAUUUUCUUUCGGUUUUCUUCCAGGAGUACUUUCUGGGAUUCCUCCAGGAGUUUCUUUCGGGAUUCCUCCAGGUUUCCUCCAGGAGUUCCUUCAGAAGUCCCUUCGGAUGUUUCUGCAGGAGUUCCUUCCGGGAUUCCUCCAGGAGUUCCUUCAGGGAUUCAUCCAGGAGUUUUUUUUUUCCGGAAUCCCUCCAGGAGUUCCUUCCGGAAUCCCUACAGGAGAUCCUUCUGGAAUUUUUCCAGAAAUUCCUUCUGCGAUUCCUCCAGGAGUUCCUUCUGAGAUUCCUUCAGAAGGCUCUUCUACCGUUUCUCCCCGAAUUUCUUCCGGGAUUCUUCCAGGAGUUCUUUCUGAAAUUCCUCCAGGAGUUCCUUCCGGGAUUUUUUCAGGUGUUCCUUCAGAAGUCCUUUCCGAUGUUCCUCCAGGAGUUCCUUCCGGGAUUCCUCCUGGAGAUUCCCCUAGAAGUUCCUUCCGGGAUUCCUCCAGAAGUUAGUUCCUAUCAGGAUUCCUUCAGGAGUUCCUUCCAGGGUUCAUCCAGGAGUUCCUUCCAGGAUUUCCUUCCAGAAGUUCCUUCCAGGAUUACUCCAGGAGUUUUUUUUCUGGGAUUCCUCAAGGAGUUCCUUCUGGAAUUUCUCCUGGAGUUCUUUCGGGAAUUUCUUUCGAGAUGCCUCCAGGAGUUCCUUAUGGGAUUCCUCCAGAAGUUCAUUCCGGGAUUUCUCCAGGAGUUUCCUCCAGAGAUUUCUCCAGGAGUUCUUUGAUUCUU